AUGUUGUGGAGAAAGGAUCACCACGACCACGAUAACGAGAGUGUCGUCGUGAUGGACGUGCUUGACCACGACUUUGAGAACGAGAGCGUCGUGGAGAACGUGUAUACACACGACCACAAGAAUGAGACCGUUAUGGUAGACAUACAUCUCGACCACGAGAUCGAGAUCGUUUUGUUAGAUAUUCAUCACGACCACAAGAACGAAAGCGUCGUAAUGGAUCCACAUCACGACCACGUGAACGAGAUAAGUGUCGCCGUAUCGACGCACCACGAAUAA